UGGGCAUCUCUCCCGCCCUCUCCAGAGUCGACUGAAGUUUCUGAGGAGACUUCUCAGGCUGGGCUGGACACACCUUUCCAAAGACCUCCAAACUCUGCUCUGUGCACCUUAAAUGCUCCUCUCCCUUGUGUCCAACCCCCUCCCCCUCUCCCUAACUCCCCUCUUCUCAACCAGACUCGCCUCUCCCCAGGGGGGUGAGCAUCCUUGAGGUUUCCCACCCUUAAGUGCUCAGUCCCCGGAUGGAGCCAGAGAAAUGUGGUGGGGGGGCCGGGGCCAGAGUUUCAACAUUGCCCCCCAGAAGGAGGAGCCAGAGAUGGGGCUCUCUGGACCAAAAUCCGUCCAGGAAAGCAGGAUGCCGGAGCCCCGGAGUCGUCGGCUUAGCAGUUGCCUGGCCUCCGGAUGCCUCCCAGGGGAGCAGAUCCUAGCAUGGGCCCCAGGGGUGAGGAAGGGGCUGGAACCGGAAAUGUCUGGAACCCUGAUCUGUACCAACUUGAGGGUCACCUUCCAGCCCUGUGGAUGGCAGCGGAAUCAGGAUACUCCCUUGAGCAGUGAAUAUGAUUUUGCCCUGGUCAACAUUGGGCGAUUGGAGGCUGUGAGCGGCUUGUCCCGAGUCCAGCUGCUCCGUCCAGGGUCCCUGCUUAAAUUUAUCCCCGAGGAGAUUCUGAUUCAUGGCCGAGACUUCCGGCUGCUCAGAAUUGCUUUUGAGGCUGGAGGCCUAGAGCCCCAGGCUUUUCAGGUGACCAUGGCCAUUGUCCAAGCCAGAGCUCAGAGCAGUCAAGCCCAACAGUAUUUGGGGAUAACCCUGAGCAAGGCUGGCCAGGGUUCUGGCUCCAGAAAACCACCAAUUCCUCUCAUGGAGACAGCAGAAGACUGGGAGACUGAGCGGAAUAAGCAGGGAGCCAGAGGCUGGAGGGUGAGCACGGUCAACGAGAGGUUCGACGUAGCCACCAGCCUCCCACGUUACUUCUGGGUCCCUAACCGAAUUCUGGACAGUGAGAUCAGGAGAGCAUUUGGCCACUUUCAUCAGGGCCGUGGACCGCGCUUGUCCUGGCAUCACCCUGGCGGCAGUGAUCUUCUCCGCUGCGGAGGCUUCUAUACAGCCAGCGACCCUAACAAGGAGGACAUCAGAGCAGUGGAGUCGAUGCUCCAGGCUGGGCAUUCGGAUGUUGUCCUGGUGGACAGUAUGGAUGAGCUGCCCAGCCUUGCAGAUGUCCAACUUGCCCACCUGAGGCUGAGGGCCCUCUGCCUGCCGGAUUCAUCUGUAGCUGAUGAUAAAUGGCUUUCAGCCCUGGAAGGAACACGAUGGCUGGACUAUGUCAGGGCUUGCCUUCGAAAGGCCAGUGACAUUUCAGUAUUAGUGACAGCCAGGGUUCGUUCUGUAAUACUUCAAGAGCGCGGUGAUCGUGAUCUCAAUGGCCUCCUCUCUUCACUCGUCCAGCUGCUUUCAGCUCCUGAAGCCCGAACGCUGUUUGGCUUCCAAUCACUAGUGCAGCGAGAGUGGGUGGCAGCUGGACACCCCUUCCUGACUCGGCUUGGGGGAACUGGGGCCAGUGAAGAGUCCCCGGUGUUUCUCCUCUUCCUUGAUUGCGUCUGGCAGCUCCUCCAGCAGUUUCCAGCUGAUUUUGAAUUCUCUGAGUUUUUCCUUCUUGCUCUUCAUGACAGUGUCAGGGUUCCUGACACCCUUACCUUCCUGAGAAAUACCCCCUGGGAGCGCGGAAAGCAGAGCGGACAGUUAAACUCAUAUACACAAGUCUACACUCCAGGAUACUCCCAGCCCCCAGCUGGGAACUCUUUUAAUCCGCAGCUGUCUGUCUGGGACUGGGAUUUACGCUACAGCAGUGCACAGAUACUACAAUUCCAGAAUCCUGGCUAUGAUCUGGAACAGUGCCCAGAUUCCUGGCUCCCUAGACUGCAGGUGAAGUGUCUAAAUUUCCUAAAUUCCCUUGACUUUCCCACAGGCUCAUGCUGCCAGACAGGGAGAAGUGAAAGACACAAUGUCUUGAGUUCCUUAGGGAAAGCUCCCCACUACUCUUCUGCAGCUGUCACUUAUAGUCCCUGGCUGUCCCUAGGAAGACAGAUGUCCUAGAAUAGCACAGAGGGCAUCCUUUUUGUCCUUACUCCAGUCUGUUGACUCGUCUUCCUGUCUCA